CAUGCGAGCUGAUGAGGGUUGUGUAAUUUGCCGUUGACACGCCCUUAGCUAAUUCUAUCAUCAAUUUUCCGCGUAGAAGACAGUAUUGAGGGAAACGCGACUGAGUGCAGCAAACUGUAACACUGAAGACCCAACUUCUAUCCGUCUCACAGCUGGGACAAGAUAUAGCAAGUUGGUUGUGAACCUGAGAGCCGAAACACAACAGUGAAUAAAACCAUCGGAAUCGAACUGUCUGUGACCUGCAAGUUUUAAUGACAGCUAUGGCGAUUAUAAUGCUGGGAAGUACUUUGUGUCUCCAUCUUGUCUUAACUUUUGUCUCAGCUAACCCAAACUGUCGCCCACGGGAUAGCUUGGUUUACUCCUCCCCAAUAGUUACAGUUAGCUAUUCCCACCUUUAUUCAAGUAUGGAAGAAGUUCUUAAGACCAAAGACUUAGAUCGAGCUAAAGAACGGGUUCAUGAGCAACCAGCAAGUGAUAAUAUAUUUAAGCUUUUCAGUGCAAGUUGUCAAUGGAACUAACGUAUCGUGUCCUGAUGAUCAGUGGCAUUCAAUGGCAUUUUGUCAUUCAAACUCAUCAGAUUACGAUUGGGAUCUUUGCACCCCAAUGCAUAUGACUUAUGGGUAUCAAUAUGAUCCUGUACGUGAGGCAGCGCCUUGGCUGUCUUCCCUACAUGGCAGUGUUGUACUCUUUGCAAUGUUACUAACAGUGGAGAAAGAUUUCCCGGUAGAGGCCUACUUCGAACUCACAUUAGAGAUAGAUGAACUUUAUUGCCAUCCAUCGGAGAAUUUAAUGAGAUGUGCAGCAUCAGAAUUGCUGAGCUGGAUCAAAGUAUACUCACAGUACUCGGAACAGAGUAGUAUUCCUCUCAAUUUUGAUCAUAAUCAGAAGGGAAGUGUAUUUUUUUCUGACAAUGUUGAAUUUAGUGCUUUUAAAGGAGUACAUCAAGAUAUAUUUAUCAGGAUUGGUUUGGCUGAGUUUAUGUUUGUGUCGCUAUCGGUGGCAUUAAUCAUAGCAGUGUACUUCCCAUCAAUUCACGACCAGAUAGUUUCCAAAUUAACCAGACUGGAAUAUCAGAGCCUCUACUGGGGAACUGCUGUGGUUUGUAAUGUCUUUACCUAUGGUCUGGUGUUUGUUAUUGGAAGAGGAGCACACAUAUUUUUGAACUAUUUUUUGACACUAAAUAACACAGUGUCCAUUGUGGCUGCUGUUCAAGAAGUGGUUGUUCAUGUUAUCCUCUUGGUUGGUUCUGUAAUUCCACUCAUUAGAGGCGGUCGCUCUGAAACUCCUGUUCCAAAGGGAAUUAUUAGUUCUCUGUUUCAUACCUCAUUUUGUUGCUUUAUUUGUUGUGCAGCAGUAAGUAGAAAGAAGACAGCUAAAGUAAUGAUUGUAUUCAGCUUUAUGAAUUUCAUAUAUCACAAUGUAAUGGAUCUAAUUUCCCUAGCAUUCAUUAUGUUUGUUGAUAAGUUUAGAGCUGAGGCAAUAACUGUUUCAAUUUUGUACGUUUUAUUGGUUACUUUUCUUGCAUUAUCAAUUUCCUUUGUACUUUUUCGUUUGGUGCAAUUGAUGCGUCAAAAACAACAUUUGCAACUACUGACUUUUUUUGCAACACUCAUAGUCUUUGCUCUUGCAGCUAUAUUUUUCCUCAUACUUUUUAUAGCCAUAUUUUUGAGUAUUAACACAAGUGGAUUGAAUGUUUUAGCUGGUGCUCUGUUGCCAUCAAUUAUUCUGUCUGCUGGUUCCUGGUACAUCAAGAACAGAUUUCAAGAGGAACUUCAAACCCCUACUGAUCAUGAGGGAACAAAAACUGGUGAACCUUGGAACGAAUUGGCUAAAGUCUCCAAUUAUGAUAAAAAUUUAGGGCUCAGUUGGAGAAGUUAAGAACACUACUGUGUUAUGAAUGUUGUCGUCAUUCUUUGCAUCUUCACCUAUGUUCUUUUGCUGCUUUUAACAAACAAAACACAUAUACACACUUCAAUUGGCAAAUUUAAUUGCUGCAUUGCACAUUCUUCUGCUGUUGUUUGUUUGUAACUAAAAUUUGUUUAAACGCUCAAUAUUGUAACUUUACUUAGUAGUUC